AAGCGGGCUUUGCCCACCGCCAUUGGCGCUCGCCUUUAUAUAACACGUUGACAAUAGUCGUGCAGUGCACGCUCCUCAAACAAAAGGUUCCAAGACCUGACCUACUAUCUGGUACACGAUGUCAACACAAUCACCCACCGUACCCACCGAUUUCUCAGUGGAAGCCCUCAUCCGUUCCUUCAUGACGAUCAUCCUCUCCGAAAUUGGGGACAAAACCUUCUUCAUCGCCGCCAUUCUCUCCAUGCGCCAUCCUCGCCUCGUCGUCUUCCUAGGCGCUCUUGGUUCCCUUGCACUGAUGUCUAUCCUGUCAGCUUCACUGGGUCAUAUACUGCCUGCGCUUUUACCCAAGAAAUGGACUCAGGUUAUGGCUGGGGUACUGUUUUUGGUCUUUGGGAGUAAGAUGAUGAUGGAAGCAAGGGAGAUGGGGGGGAAGGGAAGGGAAAAGGUCGAGGAAGAGAUGAGAGAGGUGGAAGAGGAGAUAGAGGAGGACGACAUCGAGGCGGGAGGUAGUAUUCCGCUUGAACGGCUCGAGGAGGGGGAAGCAGUCUCUUCAUCCUCAGGUGCGAGAAAACAGAAAAAAUUGAGUUCGAGUGUCGCGGAAGGCGUGAGGAAUUUUUGCAGUCUUAUCCUCGGGCCUGUUUUCGUGCAGUCCUUUGUGCUUACUUUCCUUGGAGAGUGGGGGGAUAGGAGUCAGAUUGCUACGAUUGCUCUAGGUGCUGCUGAUAAUGUGUAUCUCGUGACGGUAGGGACGGUCCUUGGCCAUACGUGUUGCACAGCGCUGGCGGUCAUAGGAGGGCGCUAUGUAUCGAGUAAAAUCUCCGUCAAACAUGUGACCCUAGGGGGUGCAGCCCUUUUCCUCAUAUUCGGCGUCAUCUAUCUCUACGACGCGCUUGCUAGCUCUGCGGAAGAACUCUCGAUGCCCAUUCCUGUGGGGGAGUCGUGAGCUAAUACUUUUUAUUUAUUUAGGCUCGGUCAUGAUAGCACUCCAGCGCCAUGCCUGCAUUGACGAAACGUUUCAGGCUUUUUGGCUGGGUAUUUCGCUCAUUGUGUACUUAAUAAUAUAUAGACAUGCUUACAAUGGGACGAUUAUUUAUACGGUAUCGCGGUAUCGUUGUGUUUUGUUUUGGUGUGUGAGACAGUUUAGCAUACAACAGUUUGCAAAACAUUGUCUCGGAUCGCUAGUUUCGGUGGCCUCUUGAACUCAGGCUCAGUGGACGACGAGCAAGACUAGGCAUGGUCAAUCAUUUUUAGAUAAGUUCACAUAUUUACAUUGCUCGAG